GUGAUUCCCAGCCAGUGUGCAGAGCCAUUGCCGCAGCGGGAUCCGUUGGCAGCCGCGAGCUGUUUCCAUAGUUUCCCCUGUUUGAAAAGUGGGCUCGGUCAGCGAAACGUUCCAUUCCCGGCGAAGAAGAGAUUUAAACUCACACCUCGGAGCCAGAGAGCGAGCGAGAAAAAGAAACAUGGAAGUUACUACUUAACACAAUGCAACGUCGAACUGUCCCUUCAAACGGGGGAAAAAUAAGGGCAUGAGCUCCUCUCUCUGGAUAGAUAAUUGCAAAUCAGCGCUAUAUCUCUAUCCGAUGCAGAAGACCACACCAUUAUGAGAAAAGAAACUCUGAGGAGUCAGUUUAAAAAGAAUCAAGAUCCGGAUGCUGAGCAGGAUGUGGCAGUGAAACUUGCCCAGGAGCGAGCUGAAAUAGUAUCAAAGUAUGACAAGGGAAGAGAGGGAGCGAAGAUUGACCCGUGGGAAGAUGCAGACUUCCAUAUUUAUAAAAUCACUGAUCGUUUUGGUUUUCUACAUGAGAAAGAGUUGCCAAUGCCUGAUGCUGUAGAAGAAAGACUGAAACAAGUAGAGAUUGAAAGAACAGGAAAAUGGCUAAAAAUGCUGAAAAGCUGGGACAAAUACAAGAGCAGUGAAAAGGUGGUACGGAGAAUUUACAAGGGAAUUCCCCUGCAACUAAGAGGAGAGGUCUGGUCUCUACUUCUAGAAAUACCAAAAAUCAAGUUGGAGAAGAAAGACCUGUAUGAUAAACUGAAAAGCAGAGCUCGGACAGUAUCUCCAGACAUCAGGCAGAUUGAUCUGGAUGUGAAUCGUACUUACAGAGACCAUAUCAUGUUCAGGGAAAGAUACGGAGUGAAGCAGCAAGCUUUGUUCCAUGUUUUAGCUGCUUAUUCCAUGUAUAACACGGAAGUGGGUUACUGCCAGGGAAUGAGUCAGAUCACUGCACUGCUUCUUAUGUAUUUGAAUGAAGAAGAUGCCUUCUGGGCACUUGUGAGACUGUUGUCUGACUCAAAACAUAGUAUGCACGGUUUCUUUGUUCCAGGUUUUCCAAAACUGUUACGGUUUCAAGAACACCAUGAUCGUAUUUUGAAGAAGAUCAUGCCAAAGCUUAAACAGCAUUUAGAUUCCCAGGAUGUGUUUACAUCUUUGUAUACUAUGAAGUGGUUCUUCCAGUGUUUUCUGGACCGCACUCCCUUCACCCUCACAUUGAGACUCUGGGACAUCUACAUGCUAGAAGGAGAUCGAAUUCUCACAGCCAUGUCAUAUACUGUUCUUAAACUUCACAAAAAACAUUUGAUGAAGUUAUCAAUGGAGGACUUGAUCGAAUUUCUGCAAGAGUCUUUGGCCAAGGAUUUUUUCUUUGAUGAUGACUUUGUUAUAGAUCAGCUGCAAAACUCCAUGUCUGAGUUGAAACGUAAUAAACUGGACUUGCCACCAGCGGGUAAACCCGAAGAAUUUCCACAGAAAUCACUCGGCCAGGUACCAGUGGAACAUCAAGAACCAGUUGUUCUCAAUCACAUGAUCAAUGGACAAAACAACACGGCUAAAGUAGGGCCUCCAGCAUCAAGGAGAAAAGACAGAAAGGCGUCUCAAGAGAAAUUGCAGGAAAAACAACCUGACAACAGGCAUGGAAAGAGCUCUUUGGAAAAGACAAAUGUUAAAUCACAAAAGAUUGACCUUUUGGAAAAUCAGGGAGGCAAAGUGAAAGUUCUGCCGGAUCUUGAUGUGAGAAAACAGCAUGGAUUCCCACCACAGCAUGCAUUGACACAAGGCAACCCUAAACAACUUAACAAUGCUAUUGCUAACCAGAACACAAAUGCUAACCCAACUGUCAAGAAGGAUUUUACACCCAAGUGGAACAAACCUUCAGGCUUAAAAAUCUCAGAAGCGACUUCAGAACAUUCUGCAAAUGGCAAUGGCAGGACUGGAAGCUAUAAUACCCCAAAUUCUCCGUCCGUUGCAGAUGAGUCACUGAUGGCAAGAAGGAAAGCCAUUAUUAUAGAGGUUGAUGAAACAAAGAGAGACUCAAAUGCUUCAGAAUAUGACAAUGUUCCCGGAGUAGAUCAUGAAUAUGAAAGCCAUGCAGAGGAGAUCAUGGGAAAAGGAGAGCCUGAGGUAGUGCAAAAUCAGUCUUUCUCCCGAGAAGCCAUGUUAAAAAAUACUAAUCCUUCAAGGCUAUUAUCAGUGCCGUUAUCAAACAAUACAAGCAAUAUCAGUGCUAAUUCUCAAGCAAGACUUCCAAGGACUCAUUCAGGAUCAGUAAGUUCCAAACAAAGAUCUUUAGUAAAGCGGCAACCUUCUAUGCCACCAUCCUACUCUAGCCCUCCUGGGUAUCAUGGUGGCCUCGCUCAGUACUCGCCCACCAGAGCUAAAGAUGUAGCUGCAUUGCCAUCGUAUAGUUACAAUAUGGCUGGUUCUCAAACACAGUAUGACAAUAGACAAUAUGUUACGAAGCCUGCACAUUUGCCAGACUACCAAGAGGGUAGAAUGAACUCCUUUACUAUUAGCCGCCAGUUUUCUAAUUCUUCUCAGACAUUCAGAACUCCAGCACAGCCUUUAGACCACAGAGAACAAUAUGAUUCAGUGACCACAACCAACUAUGUCAGGCAUCCAAUUCCAUGUGAAAGUACACAACAGCAUUUGCCAGAAUACCAACAGCAUUACAAAAGAAGGCAAGAGCAAUACGAACAACAGUGGAACGCAGAAACUGAAAUUAGGCACAGAAGAAAUAUGCAAAGAUCACCCAGUUUUCGAAAUGCACAGCAGAGUCCUUUCCCAGAGUUUAGCUACCAGGGUGUGCCUGUAGCUGGUAGCAAUAUGUAUCAUAGGACUUCACCAAACCCUGAUCUACAUGCACAAACAAAAUAUCCAAAUACAGCUCAUUUUGGUCCUGAACAUUAUGGAAAGCAUCAGACGGAUAGAAAAGCCAUUCCAGAAUCAGUAUUGCUUUAAGAUAUUGGCUGCCCCUUUUUAAAAGUAAUAUGAACAGUGUUAAAGUAGAUCAUCUCUAACAUUUAAAUAUAUCUUUAGGAAGUGAUACAGUAGACAAGUUUCUAGCAGAGUCUAAAACAUUGGGUGAGGUUUCUAAUUUUAAAUGUUUCCUAACUAAGUACACUGGUAUUUCCCCAGUAUGUCUAGCUACUAGAAUUUACAAAGUUUGAUAAAAACAACCAACCCAAAAUUGAGCACCAGUUCUUUUUCAUUAAAAUUGAUUGAAGAAAUACUGGCUGUUUUCUAUUGCCAGGAACCACUGAGAUUUGAGCUCAUGCCUACAGUAGAUUGAAGUCUGCAUCUUAAGUGAUGUUCUGCAAGGUUCCACAUAUGUAAGAUUUUUGAGGGAUUGACUUGUAUUGUGUUGCUACCUUUUCACUGCCCAGGUCAACCCUGAAAUUAUUAAUCAUUUAUUCAUGACAUGCAUUUGUUUUUUAAGAUAGAUUUAUUCAACAAUAUUUGUGUAGCUCUUUGAUCUAAAAUCCUAGAAUAUACUGAAAAUUUUCCCAUGUGACUUUUGUGAAUUCCUAUUCAAUAAUUUUGAAAAAUUACAUUUAUUACAUUUGUUGCUGACAGUUGCACCUGUCUGGGCAGGCUUCACUUAAGCCUGCCAGACAGGUGCAACCGUCAGCAACAAAUGUAAUAAUGUGCUUUCUAGCUAUACUUGCACAGAAAUGUCGAAAAGUGCAUAGAGAUCAGUGCCAUGGCACUUCAGCUAAGUAAAAUAAAACACGCUAAAUACAACAUUAACCCACAGAAUGUUUUAUAUUGUUAGUGCAUGUUGAAUUUCACAUUACGUGUAAUUGUGAGCAGGUGCUUCAUGAUAGAUAACUUGUGCAAAAUAAAUUUACUUGUAAAAUAAUAAAUUAAUUUAUCCUUUGAAUUUAAAUUGCAUCAACAUGCACCUAAUAUAUUGUCAUGAAUUAUUUCCCUCCAGUGUUUCGAAAAUAUUAAAUAGCAGAAAUUGUCCUUCUGGUUCAAACCAAAUGAUUAUGAUUAACAGUUGGUAGUUUCGAGUUGGGUGGCACUGGGUUUUUGGACCAGUUUAUCUAGGAUUCAUGCCUGCAGGUUUAACUUUCUGCUUGUGCCCAACUUAUUUCUGGGUAGCUAGUUGUAUCCAAUUAAUGACAUAUUGACUUCUUUUAAAAUGGUUUUAAAUUGAAAGGAGCAAAGAACUUAUUCUGCAGAUUAUUCCUGUUUUGGGGUAUAAAAUAUUUCAGCAGAGUAGGGAGACACUGAAAAAAUAUUUAAAUUAACUGAAUACUAAUCCAAACACAUGAAUAUCAACGGACUGACUAUAUAUGUAAAACAGCACUACUGUGUGUAUAUAUGUUUGAGUAUGUGUGUAUAUAUACACAAAUGUGGAAAUGAAAUUAUCAGUACACUUUAGACGUUCUGAACUGAAUAAACAAAUUGAUAUUGUUCA